UUGGUUCUGAAAAGUUCCAAAAAAAUGACGGACCAUCUCAUCAAAGCGAAAGACUAUAUAUAUGUAGUUUGCACACCACUUAAUACCUUAUUGACAAUUUUCGGUUUGUUGUUUAUCAGUUACUGGUGGAAUGAAAGAAAGAAGAAGGACAAUCAAGAGAGAGAAGACAGACUACGAAGAGAAAUAGAUCGAGAGGAAGCCAGACAGAAAGAAACGAGGGAAGCCAGAGAUAGAGAAAUGGAACGAGAAGAAGCUAGACAGAGAGAAACGAGGGAAGCCAGAAAAAGAGAAAUGGACCGAGAGGAAGCCAGACAGAAAGAAACGACGGAAGCCAGAGAGAAAGAAAUGGAACGAGAGGAAGCCAGACAGAAAGAAACGACGGAAGCGAGAAAGAGAGAAAGAGAACGAGAAGAAGCUAGACAGAAAGAAACGAGAGAAUCCAGAGAGAGAGAACGAGGACGAGAGGAAGCCAGGCAGAAAGUGGAUGCAGAAAAGAUCGCAGCAGUUCUCAGCCGAGAAUACGACAAAGUGGAAAGGAUUUUUCACAGUUUUAUGAAAAAUGUAGAGAAAUUGAAGACAAAGAAUAUUACUUGUACAUUUACUGAAUUUGAUGUCUUACUGUACAUGAGUCACCUGGAAAAUAUGGAAAUAUUUGAUAACACGGAUCAACAAGGGACAUCUUCCGAUGAACUUAGUAUGCGGCGUAACAUUGCCACAUUUCGGAGCUCUGGUUAUGGGAUUAGGGAGGUUAUAUCAGAUAUUAACAAUAUAAUGAAGUUAUUCAUCGAAUUUCGUAUUCAGUUAUCUAGCAUUCACGAUAAAGCAUGUCCGGAGGAUAUUAAGUCAGAAUUUUCUACCGAAAUCAAUAAAAUGGGUAAAACCAUUUAUCUUUUUGUGUCAACGCCUAGACAAAAAGUUAUUGAAAAGGUGUUAAGGUACUUCGGGUCCGAGGCAGAACCCUCAAAUGCAGGUACUACAGUAACUGAAUCCACCUCUGUGCCAGGAGCACCAAAUGCAGGUACUGAAUUAAUUGAAUUAGGAACCACCACUUCUGUGGCAAUACCACAAAAUGCAGAUACCGAAUCAACUGAACUACUGAGUGUUGGUGCUCAACCGUCUUCUGUCACAGGACCAUCAAGUACAAACCAAGGACAGUCAUCUAAUCAUCUUGGUGAUAAUACAAUUGAGUGUGCAAUCCCAUACAUUAACUACUUUAGAUAUAAGAAAGGUGAAAUGAGUUGCAAUAUUGAAUGCAAAUAUUUGUGUUUUAAAAAUCUUGAGUCUUGUGUUGAGAGAAGAAUAACUGGAGUGAUGGAGAAGGAGAAUGAAAUUUGGGACGGUAUAAAAAAGCUUUGGCCAGAACAACCCAGUGAACAUCAGUUGCCAGAGGGUGAUUUAUUGCAUUUAAUAAGACUGGUCAUGUUUAAGAUGCUGGAUAAUUCUCGCAGCAAUUUUUUUAAUGAGGAACAUCUUAAAGGAUUCGUUGAAUGCGUUAAACCUAUUGUUAAUUCAGAGAAUCUCGACACUGUAUUUGAGUUGUGCAAGCGUGAAUUGGGAGAUAUAACGACUCAAAUAAAUAAUCUUUGCAGAGGUAAUUUUAAACCCAUACUGGAAGAUGUAACAACUCCAGACAUCCUACAUUAUCAUGCGGAGGAACUGAGAACGUUUGUGGGGGAGAUGGUAAAAAAGCACAACAUCAGUAUUGGUACAAUGACUCAAGACGAUAUGGUGACUAUGGAGCGACCCUGUUUCCUAAAUAAUAUGACUGGAACCUCUUUGCAACAUCCUUAUAUGGUUAGGAGAAACAGAAUUCGUGUACCUUCAGCCAACGUUGAGGGGAAAUAUUAUUUUUCAUCAUCAACUAUUUCACCUGUAUGA